UACAGAUUGUAGAUCAGUACUGAAAUCUAAACGGCAAAAUUUUAUUUAAACUAAUUGCGACGUUUAUGUAAUAUGGCCUCUCGUUUUAAUAGUUCAUCAAACGAGUUUGUUGAAAAAUUAGUGAGCCAUAUUCUGAAGAAACCUCCUGAAUCUGUCAAACGUGAGACCAUACAUGCAUCGGAACUUUUAAGUUGCUCUCUGAAUAAUCACGAUAUUGAUGAAUCUUCAGUAUCUGACAAAAUUAAGAAAAAAUUUAUGAUCGAAAAUAAAAUUGAAAAUGCUUUAAAAUUUGAAAAGCUCCAUCACAGUAUACGAAAAAGUAAAAUUUUAAAAAAUAGGGAGAAUGUCCUCAAUUUUUUAUAUUGUUUGUACGGUUCUGAUCAAGAAAAGACCAAGUCGGAGAAUAAUAUCUCAAAACCUGGUCUUACAGACUUCGAUUUAGGAUUGAACCCACGUGAUUUGGUAAAAAGAAUCAACAGACCUCAUUCAUACACUCCAGAUUUAAAUGAUUAUUUUAAAAAUCACAAUACAGAUAACUUAAUGUCAGAUCUUCUAUUUCAUCCGUGUGCCAAUAAGUCUAACUUUAAACCACAAACUGAUAUGUCACAUACUAGAGUUGCGUCAUUAUUCUCCAAUUUGGAUAAACAAAGUUCUCUUCCUAACAUUGGGAAGCCUGAUCCGUUGAUAGAAAGAGCUUUGACAGCUAGAUCUGAUGACUCAAAUUUAGGAUCUAUUGCUUGUAGUUUGUCUAAUUUAAAACCGUUGCUGCAUGAUGUUUUGUAUGCAAUGCAAGGGUUGAGAGGAGAAAUAAUUCAUUGGGAACCGGAAAAGAAAGAUUUUCGGGUAACUUUCAAGGAAGACUUUCCAAAUCCGGUUAAGCGGAUCACUUUGAGAUUUUUGGAGCUGGGGUGGAUGUAUUGCCAGGUCGACGAUUAUUGUAAACAUCCUAAUAAUGAAAAAUCAUCUGGUCUAAUUUCUCAAAGUUUUGUUGCAGCAUUGAAGUCUAAGUUGGUUGAGUAUUACAAACUAAUAGCUGAACUUGAAUCCUUGCUAACUCAAGAAGUUGCUUUAAAUCAAACUUACACUAACUCCAACAGCUUAACUUUGCAUAGAUUAUCAGUGUGGAUAUUUGAACCUCAUACACAGCUUAAAAUUCUUACAUCUGUCGUGGAAGCAUGUAGAAAGAAAAAAGGAGGCGAAUUAGCCUCCGUUUUAUAUUCUCAUUUACAGCAUGGGGAUCAAUUCGUACGAUCUCUUAUACAGAAUUUACUGUGCGACGUAACUCGACCACUAUUUAAGAUGUUAAGUAAUUGGAUAUAUUGUGGAGAAUUAGAAGACACUUUUGGUGAGUUUUUUGUGGCAGCUAACGUUGCAGUACCAGAUGCAAAUCUUUGGCAGGAUAAAUACUAUCUGAACAAAGCCAUGAUUCCAUCUUUUAUUACAAUGGAUCAAGCUAGAAAGAUCCUCUCUACCGGAAAAGCAAUUAACUUUUUACAUCAAGUGUGCCAAGAUAAUACUUUCGUCAGAGAUGAAAAUCGAAAAAUUAAGGCUCUGGAACUUUUGAGUACGGAAUCUUUGUUCUCUCAAGAGAAAGACGCAAAUUUUGAAAACAUUUUGGAGAAGAAUUACGUUAAAACCAGUAAAACCGUUCUUCAGGUAUUGCACGAUAAAUACGACUUGAUGGAUCAUUUGCUCGCUAUGAGAAACUACUUUUUGCUAGGACAAGGUGAUUUUAUUAGACAUCUAAUGGAUCUUUUAGACAAUGAUCUCGCUAAACCGGGAAAAAAUUUGUAUAUUCAUAACUUAACUGGAAUAUUAGAAAGCGCCAUUCGUGCUACUAACGCCCAGUUUCAUAAUCCGGAAGUGCUUCAACGUCUGGAUGUGAGGUUGCUGAAAGUCGAUGUCGGUGAUGUGGGUUGGGAUGUAUUUUGCCUCGAUUACCACGUCGAUGGUCCUAUUGGUACGGUUUUUACCGCCAACUCAAUGAAUUCAUAUCAUAGGUUGUUUAAUACUCUCUGGAGAGCUAAAAGAAUGGAAUAUAUUCUUAGCAAAAUAUCUCACUCACGCUCUUCCUAUCUUAAGUGCCAAGCUCGAGUACCUGAAAUAACUCCGGUAUUGUAUCAGUGCCAUAUUAUUCUAUCGCAAAUGGUGCAUUUUGUGCAACAAAUGCAAUAUUACAUGGCAUUUGAAGUAAUGGAGUGCUGCUGGGCCGAUUUAUUGUUGAAGAUAUCAUCAGCUCAAGAUUUAGACCAGGUUAUAGCCGCUCACGAAAAUUUUCUCGAUAUGUUGCUAUCUCGGGCGCUCCUCGAUGAGGACUCCUUCAUCCUCAGGACUCAGUUGAAGUCUAUUUAUGAUCAAAUUAUUGCUUUUGAUCAAAUUCAAGAAAAGUUUUGGGAUAAAGUGAAUUUAGUUAUUCAAAAGUUGAAUGAAAUGGAUGAAUUAGUUCAAAUGAAAACUUCUAAAGAUGAAUGGGGUAUUACUGAAAAACAAAAAAAAGAAUAUACAGAACCCCUUCAUGCAUUGAUCGAGCGUAUUCCUGAUACCAAAAGGCAGUUGAAAAUUUUAUCUAGCAAAUACGAGGAGUUUGUACAGAAAUUUUUGAUCAUGCUGAACGACCAAGACGAUCCGAAUCUUCGGUUUUUGAGCUUUAGGCUGGAUUUUAAUGAACACUUCAAACGCAAAAACAGGCGGCUGCAGUCUUCCUUAACCUACCAAAAUCGCAGAAAAUCUAUAAAAUAAUGUCCUUUUUUUUGUAGUUUUGUAAAAACAUGUUCAUUUUCUUUCAGGCAUUCUAUUAACUGUUGUGCAAUUAAACCGCAAUUGAUGUUAAUUAAAUGUGUACAGAUAUGAAUUAUUUUCAUUGAAAUUUUGUAAAUAUGUAAAAUAAGUUAAGUAGCAAUCUUUUUUUAUUUGCUUCCGCUUUAUAUGUAUAGCAUUGUAAAAUGUCUACUUACUACAAAAUUGUAUAUUCACUGUAACAAGUUGUAUCACAGACUUGGAGUGUUAAUUGCAUUUACUAAAAUAUUUGUUACGUAUUUAUAUUAAAAUAUUUAUCCUUGUGUAAUAUAUGUCAUGUAUAUUUGUAAGAUAUGUAUUUCAUGCUAUUUGCAAAACUAGUUCUUUUAGUUUAAAAUGUUUACUAAACAUCAAUACCUUUUUUUAGAAUGUUUAAUUUUAAUGAUUUGAUUGAUUGUUGUUUUUAAAAGAAAAUUGUUUGUCCUUUUUAUAAUAAUUAUGUAGUGUGAUUAAUUAAGUUCUGUUAUAUUAAGAAAAUAUUGUAUUGUUUAAUUGUCCUUUUAACGUUAGUGUUACACUAGUUUCUUGAGUUAUUUGAAGUAGAAAUGCUUCUUUCAUGUAAAAAAAUUUAUACUUCAUUGCAAAUCUAGUUGUUGGAGAGUUAAUAUAGUUUAUGCAUUAAAUUGUUAUCUGAAAGAUGUUGACAAAUAAAAAUUAAUUAUUGAUAAUUAAAACAAAAGACUUAGCUUAAAAUAUCUUAUACAACAUUAAUAAUUAUGAUAUUUAAAUUACAAGUUUAAUAAUACAAAAAGCACUACAUAUUCUGCCAGAUUCUGCAUUUGAAUUGAAAAAAAAAAUUAGUUUAAAUUUUUUUUUUUAAUUUAAAUUUUUUUAUAAUUUCUUUGCUUUAAAAAUGUGAAUUUUUAUUUAAUUGAAUGAAAAUAAAGGAUGCACAGUCUUGUAGUUGA